UGAGUGCGAGUAGCUGAGUGGUAACCAAACCAACAAUUUGCUAUAAAAAACAUAAAAAUUCACGUGUAAUAAGCCAAAUUGAAUGAAAAUACUCAGUUUUUAAAUUUGUAAUAAUGACUCAAGUUAUAACCAGAGCCGAAGUGAAUAAAAACAGGCACAGGAACAACCUGUGGCUGAUAAUACAUGACGAUGUGUACGAUGUAACAAAAUUUUUAGAAGAGCACCCUGGAGGUGAGGACACCCUUCUGGAUGCUGCGGGGUCAGAUGCCACUCAAGCUUUUGAAGAUGUAGGCCACAGUGAAGAUGCAAGAGAGCUGUUGCAACAGUAUAAAAUCGGAACUCUGCCAGAUGACGAAAAAUCAAAGAAAGCUGUUCCUGUUCUAACUUGCAAUUGGAAGUGGUACGCUCUUGCAGCACUCAUAAUCGGCGCUAUAGCUGUUGGCACUAUGGUGGCUAAGAAGAAUUCAUAAACAUAUCUAAAAGCUGUAACACACGGGCAUUACCGGUCGGACUUGGUUCGAUCAGCAUAUCUCUUUGUCGCUCUCACUUGUAGCUGCAUCCUUAACGGUCGUACGGCGGGCCAAGACGGUCCGGUACACCCGUCUGUUACAGCUAUAAGCUAGCACAAUUGUUUAUAUCGCCACAGGUAGUUGAUACUGUAACCCUUUAAAGCGCAAAAAGUUCAGUGUUCAAAUGAUCUACAUUGCGAAUUGAAGGGUCAAUCGCGAUAAAGUAACAGCAUAGGUAGGAAGGGAAUAACGGAUUAGUCGCCUGCGGUAUUUCCGGACUGAUAUGACCUUCAAACCUUAAAGAUAAGGACGUACUCGUAUCUUAAAGGCCGGCAACGCACUUCCAACCCCUCUGCAGGCUACUUGGUUGACUCCUAUAUCAUAAAAAAACGUAUAAUGAAUUUAAAAUAUACAUAUUAACUAGUAUAACAUUUAUAAUACAGAUAUCAUAUUUUUUUUAGUCUACCCGUUGACCACGAGCGCUGGUAAAGGGCUCAAAACGUCGGGAUGUAUUUUAAAUCCAUUAUACGCGAUAUAAUCCGAUUAAACUGUUAACCUACUUUUUGCAAAAAAUCGAGAAAUUCUGAACCAAUCAUGUGCAAAAAAGUUUUUAUUGAGCUUGUUUUCGUAUAUAAUAUAUUCGUGGCAUGAAAAAGUGGUUGUGCUGGCCCUGAUAUACCAUUCCAGUUCGUUUCGUCACAAUUAGUACAUGAAAUGUACGGUUUUAUUUUUUACACGAUUAAGUAAAUAAAUAAUAAUGUGCGGUGUACCUACCUAUAUAAUCUAUAAUACUUGUAUGUAUAGUGCAAAAAAUAACGAGCUAAUUCUGGGUUCAGAUUGCACUUUAUAUUUAUAUUUGAUCAAGCAAAUCUUGUCAGUAGAAUAAGACGGCAAAUUUAAAGAAUGUAGGCGCGAAGGGAUAUCUUCCCAUAAAUUUGAAUUUCGCGCCUUUUUCUACUAACAAGUUUUGCUUAUUUAUUAUUUUACAAUUGUCAUAUGCUCGAAUUUUUUUCUUAUAGGUAUACUUUUAAGCUAGAAGCAGAAUAAUUAACUCAUGAAUAUAUAUUUUACUAAGCGAAAAUCGAUCAAAUUUUAUAUCAAACUUAUUGUAUAAUUUGAUUUCUAGUGAUAAUAUAGGUACAUAUUUAUUUAUUUCAAUGUUAUUUGGCUAUUUUCUUUUUAAAUGUUUAUUAUUUUUACUCUUCGCUAUAGAUCAUGUUGCGGAAAUUUUCCAAAAUGUUGAGAAAGAUCUCAGAAAUUUUAGGAAUUUUUUACAGGAAACAAAAGAAACUUUAAUUUUGGAAAUGGAAAAUUUCAAUUCCUAUACAGAAAUAUGAGCAUUUUCCGAAAUUUUAGAAGUUUUUCGGCGGCACGAGUUUAGUACCUACAAUUAGAGAGCAUUCAUUAUAGUAUACUAAUAAUCACAAUACUAAGCGCCACUUGCACCAACCCACUAACCCGGGGUUAGCCGGUUAAACCUGGAGUGACCAUGGUUACCAGUACAAUUUGAUAAUGGGUUAACGUUUAACGGGUUAACCCCGGGUUAGUGGGAUGAUGCAAGUGGCCCUUAAAGUUUAAAAUUACAUAUAAACCUCAGUCUACUCAGUAGAAAUGUAAUGUAACUAGAUCGUCUGAAUGUGACAAUAAACAAA